ACCCGCUGGGGGCGGGGGGGGUUUACCGACAAUGACGUCCGCUCUCGCAGAUUUGAGAAGACCCCUCCUACCCUGCAGGGCCCCCUGGCCGUGAACAGGGACCUCCAGGAAGGCCGGAGAAUCUUCGCUGGGCAGCUGAAAGGGCCCGAGUCCUUCACCGCCGACGCGGAUGGCUCUCAUUCUGGUCUAGAACACGGUUCCCGAUCAGCUCAAUGCGAGUAUAAACUCAUCUGUGCUUAUUAUUUGAACGGGGUUUGCGUCUCGCAUCUAGGUGUCGAUGGAAUCCCCUUCAAGUUCCUGAAUGGGCUGGAAAUCUCCCGAAAUGGCACUGUGUUCUUCACGGACUCAAGCAGCAAGUGGGGCAGGAGGCACCACAGAUAUGAGGUGAGCCCCCAGAUUCUUCUGUCNNNNCUGCUGGCCUACGACCCCGCGACACGUCGGGUGCGGGCCGUCCUGGAUGGGCUGUACAUGGCCAAUGGCAUCGCCUUUUCCCCUGAGGAGGACUACCUGUUAAUAGCCGAGACCAGCGUGGCCCGGAUUCUGAGGUUUUGGCUGAAGGGACCUAACGCUGGCAGGACGGAGAUCUUCAUUGACAACAUGCCUGGCUACCCAGACAACAUCAGGCUGACAGACAGAGGAACGUUUCUUGUUGGCAUAAGUACAACUCGAUUUCCAGGCUUCUUGCGACCCUUUCUGGACCUCAUCGGACCUCACCCUGCGCUGAAACGCUUCAUCGCCAAGGUGCGUGAGAUCUGUGUGUGAGAUGCCAAUGUCGCAUCUCUCAAAGCUCUAGCAGACUCUCGGCUCCUCCAGUAUCUCUGUCACAAUACAUUUUAAGGCGGAAGGUGUCAAGUCUGAAUGAGCUGUGCAGAUCUUGGCUCUCUUGACACUGCGCCUCUGUUGAAACCCAGCCCUGCCUCCAAAGAAACAAAAGCACACUUGUUCUCUUCUAUCUCUGAAAGCAGGCGGCACAUUAUGGAGUCAGACAGAAAGUGAGAACACUGUUUUUUCAAAAGCCAGAUUCUGUGUAUGCAAAGAUGGAUAAAGAGCCCCGAAGGAUAAAUAGAUUUCUUUUUGACUCUGAACAACUUUUUAAUUAGAUAGCUGUUGUUUUCCACGAGCUUCUCACGAAGUGUCCUGGAUUUGUGUUUUUUUUAAAUGGGUAUGGUACAGUGCGAUGCAUUCCGUCAGGACGUUCGGGACAGUAAGUCGUUCUUUGGGUGGGGGGGGUGUUUCCGAUCAGUGUCCGGUGGGACUCUCCGUCUCCUAAUUUUGUUGCCAUAUCAGCUCAGUCCUUAACUAUGCUGAUCAUCUGUCAGUCUGAGUAGGGAGCUGCGUCUGCAUGGGUAGGCUGCAAGGGAACAGGUAAAGGCUUAUUCCAUGCUGAAAAGAAUAGAGACAGAACGUUUCGGCUGUGCAGCCUUCAGGUGUGAGGUUUGGCGUUUUAAGUCGUGGCAGUUAUUAUAUCCACUGAGGUCCUUUUUAUCCUUGAUUGCCAACUCGGCAGGAGCUGGAUCCAAUUAACUGGAGGAGGAAUGCAUUUUUGUAGUUAAGGCACACCCCCCACUUCAGUAAAUGGUGUUUGAGCAGAUGUUCUGGCAGCAUCACACUUCCUCUUUCCUGUGCAUCAGUGCUCCCCUUUUACUUCACCCCAACAUCACCUCUUCAGCUGCCUCCCUGGCUCAUUCCUCAUUCCACUCAUUCCAAGUGAGAGGGCAGGGAGGUUGCGGCAACCUGCAACACCCAGGGGAGUUAAGGCCAAAGUCUUAAUCACUGCUGUCCCUUCAUGUUUAUCAGCCCACUUCGCCCUUAUUAGAAAACUGACCUAACAGCUGAAAGGCUUCAAAAGGAAUCAGAAGGCAGGGAGUUAAAUUUUGUUUUAUCUUGAAAGACGCGUGAUGUGGUGACACUGAAUUUGUUUUUAAGGCAGGCUCAUCUCGGAGAAAGUCAUUUAUGUUCUGAAACAUUUGCUGAGCAACGGUUCCCAGUGGUCUUUUUGGCUAGCUGGGAUCCGGGAGCGCUGCUUGAA